GAGGAGAGUUAAAAGAGCCAUAACAGUUAAAAACGGGACUGUUCGGUAGUAAGAGCGUCCAGUCUGAUUGACAUGAAAAUGAGGUGCUGUGUUUUUCUCUUUCUGCUCCUGCAGGUUUUGGGAGGUUUAGGCUUUCCUCUGUUUGAGCUCAGCUCAAAAGCAGACGAUGCUUUGCAUAUGGCGCUCAAUCAGAUUAAUGCACGCAUUGCCAGGAAUCACCUCUACAGAGUGUCCAAGGCAUCUGUAAAGAGGAUUGUUCCUCUGGGAACGAACACAUUUGAUCUGCAUCUGAGGUUUGGCAUUAGGGAGACGGAGUGUCAGAAGAGCUCUGGGGUCGAUCCUCAGGGCUGUAUGUACCGCAAAGGCUUUUUUGUGUUGGAGGCAGGGUGCUAUAUCAGAGCCAGAGUGAGUCAAGACGUCACUCGUAUCAUCUCUCUCAGAUGCACAAAGGCCGACAGCUCGAGCUCUGAGUCCAGUGAGGAGGGGGGGUUAGGAUUAUACUACGAUUUAAAUCAUUUUGAGACUAGAGACCGCACACCUUCAACUUCAGCACCAAGUAUUAACAUGGCUCCACCAAUACGUGCGGGUCAUCGUGGCAACAAUGAAAACAGCCACGUUCGUGGAGACAAUUUUGACAAUCACCUGCCAUAUCACUGACUUGCUGGAUGAAAUCACAUGAAGACUCUUCAUACAAACAUUAAGGUGCUACAAACAAAGCUAAAUGAAAAGACUACUGUACUAAGGACCAAUAACUGCAGCCUCCACUGAAACAUGAAACAAGUAAGAGUAUGCACUGUAAGAGAUGCGAAUACGAAUAGAAACCUGCUGGCAUUAACCUCCACAAGAAACCCAAUAAAAACAGAAACAUGGAUGAUAUCAGCAUGUAUAAUUUCAUUUUAAAUUACACAUUUUGCAGAGGGAUAUGAAUGGAUCAUGACCGGAUACUUUAAUAAUUUAAUAUCAACUUUAGUUAGUCACUUCUCAACAACCUGAAAAGUUUCAUGAUAUUGUAAAUACAUUCAAUAAACAAAUUCUUCAAAAUGAAAUGUGGACAUGAGUUAAUUGUUUGUACAUAUGCCAAGUGCCUCUUAUAGGUGCUCACUGUAAGAUUCUGAAGUUGCAUGUCAUGUCUGAAUGGAGAAAAUAAGCCAGAAUCCUUCAGCAAGUAAAACCUACAGGGGAAUUGAACUUCCUAAUGGCCUCUUUUUAUAAGAUGAGAAUAUUUUGAUCCACAUGUUCUAGAAUCUUAAGGCAUGGCUGUAUUCAUGAGCCAAUAAUACAGGUUAUAAUACAGGAUAUAAGAUAAAUCUAUGUGAAUAAUGAUUGUGUCAUUCAGUCACAUGACUUAAAAGUCCAUCUCUUCAUAGGUGAACAAUUUGUAAAAGUCAGCUUGAACGUUCAUCAGAGGAAGUAAGGACCAACAAGGAACAGCAAGGCAGUCAUUUGUUUUACCUAGACAAAGAUACUGCAGCAAAUGAGAAUAUCUACAAUUUAAACAGGUCUAAUAAAAAAAAAAGAAAAAAAAAAGAAAACAUUCCACAGUCUCACAGAUCUAGACAUUGGGUCAACUCCCUGAACAACAAGUCCUUCAUGUUACAGUUUUGACAAAUACAACUAAAACGCACUUAGUGGCUCAAAGAACAAUGGUGAUCAAGAUCCAUUCUAGAUGCAUCUAUUGAGCACUGGAUCUGCCACAUAAAUGGUUAAAGUUAUGCCAAACUAAUAUACCAGCCAAACACACUGUCUAAUUCAACCUACCCAUCUAAAACUCCUCAAACAACAAUAACCAUCCAACCAUUUAAAAACCUUCAGUCUGAAAUAACAAAAUCUCUUCAGAUUAUUAAAUAAUCGAUAAUAUAAAAACAAUAUAAAAUCAAAAUUAAAAAUCCCACCCAACUCCAAAGUUCAAAAUGUUUGUCUUCCCAAAAAUCAAUAAGAUUAAUAGUUUAAUGUAGUUUUGUCUUCCAUGCAGUACCAAGUGUUGAAGUGGAAUCACUCAGUUGUUUGGAACUGGAACUGAUGCACUGAGGC